AUGGCUCCCCCAACAGCAAUUAAGACUAUUAGCAACAUUACUGUGCAGGUUCCGCAGUCAAGCCAGGUGGAGGGUGCCGAAAAGGCCAAAGUCAAGAUGCAGAUGCCCAGCAUGCCUAAGUUUGAAGAUAAAAUGCAGGAGCGAGAGUAUCUUAACGGCCGCCUGGCUGCUGCGUUCCGAAUCUUUAGCGAGAAUGAAUACGACGAGGGUGUCGCCGGACAUAUUCCUCUUCGCGACCCAGUUGACCGGUCAACUUUCUGGGUGAAUCUCUUCGGUAUUGCUUUCUCUUGA